CGGAGCGGCGCGGCGGGAGCCAGGUCCCCUCCAGCCCCGCCGGACACUUGGAAUCGCCCUGGCCUCGGGGUGGACUCAGCUGCACCAUGCCGCGCCCCAAACCCAUCCCCCGACGGCGCCGCCGCCCCGCAGCCCCCACACCGCCCCGGCCACCGACACGCAGGCGCCGCCCAGGUCAGCGGGCAUUGCAGGAGAUCCGCAAGUACCAGAGCAGCACCCGCCUGCUGCUGCGCCCUGGCCCCUUCGCCCGUCUGGUGCGGGAGCUCUGCCUACUCUUCACCCGCGGGGUUGAUUACCGCUGGCAGCGCAUGGCCCUGCUGGCCCUACAGGAGGCAGCAGAGGCCUUCGCUGUGCGGCUGCUGGAAGACGCGUACCUGUGCUCGCUGCACGCCCGCCGAGUCACCCUGUUCCCCAAAGAUCUGCAGCUGGCCCGGCGCCUGCGGGGACUUGAGGGGGGGGGCAUCUGAAUGGGGACCCUCCUGCGGCCCUGCAGAGACUCAGCCUCCCAGAGCCCUGAGACAAGACCCCCACCCUGGAAUUCUCUCCUGACAAUUUCACACCCCUCAGACUCCCUCCUACUGCACGCCACCUCAGGAUCCCCAACAACCCCUUCAGGGACACAUCCCAGGGUAGAGGUCCCCUUCCAUUGUCCAGUACCCCUCAGAUUUUUGAGGACCCCUACCCAUGAUCCCCCUGGGACCCCAUCACCAGAAUGCCAGUCCCAGAGGAACCUACCCAGGACCUACACCCUACUGGUGACCCUCUCAGUUCUGCUGCACCCCAAUAAAUUCAUAAAUGU